AUGACCUUUUCCACCGAAAUCCACACCUUCCACUCGGGCAAGCCCCAGCCCUCGUCGUCGGGAUCCUCAACCUUCACCUCGGUUGAUCCCAGCACCGCGAAGCCUCUCGCCACCAUUUACACAACCACCCGCUCCCAGCUCGACGAUGCCGUCUCCUCCGCCGCCGCCGCGUUCCCGACCUGGGCCGGCACCCCGGCCCCGCGCCGCGCCGCCAUCCUCCUCCGCGCGGCCGCCAUCCUGCGCGAGCGCAACGACGAGCUCGCCCUCACCGAGACGCUCGACACGGGCAAGGCCCUCUCCGAGACCACCACCGUCGACGUGGUCACCGGCGCCGACGUUCUGGAGUACUACGCCCACUUCGCCGCUGGGAGCAACCCUGGCCAGCACACGCGCCUGCGCGAUGACGCCUUCGUCCUCACCACCCAUGAGCCCCUCGGCGUCUGCGCCGGCAUCGGCGCAUGGAACUAUCCCAUCCAGAUCGCCCUCUGGAAAUCGGCUCCCUGCCUCGCGGCCGGCAACUGCAUGGUCUACAAGCCCAGUGAAGUGACACCCCUGCACGCCAACACGCUCGCCCAGAUCUAUAUCGAGGCUGGCGUGCCCCCAGGUGUCUUCAACGUCGUCUACGGCGACGGCCCUGCGGUCGGCGCACCUCUUGUCGCCCACCCGGGCAUCGCAAAGGUCAGCUUCACCGGCCAGGUCAGCACUGGCAGCAAGGUUGCCAGCCAAGCCGCCAACGACAUGAAGGCCGUCACCAUGGAGCUCGGCGGUAAGAGCCCCGUUGUCAUCCUGCCCGACGCCGACGUCGACGAGGCCGCCGACGUGGCCAUGGCGGCCAACUUCUUCUCCACCGGCCAAGUCUGCACCAACGGCACCCGCGUCUUCGUCCCGGACACGAUGCUGUCGCGCGUCGAGGAGGCUCUCGUCAAGCGCUGCCGCGAGGGCAUCCGCAUGGGCCUCCCGCGCGACGAAAAGACCAACUUUGGCCCUGUCGUCAGCGCCGCCCAGCGCGACAAGGUCAACAUGUACAUCAAGCACGGCCGCGAGGUCGACCGCGCGCGCGUCCUGUACGACGGCGCCAAGGAGGCGCAGAGCAAGCGGCCCACGGCUGACGGCUACUGGGUCCCGCCCGUCAUCUUCUCCGACUGCACCGAUGACAUGCGCGUCGCUACCGAGGAGAUCUUUGGACCCGUCAUGUGCGUCCUGCCGUACAAGACCAAGGGCGACGACUGGAUGAACGAGCUGAUCCGACGGGCAAACAACACGGCCAUGGGGCUGGCCGCUGGCGUCGUCUCGUCCGACGUGGGCGCCGCGCAGGACGUCGUGCGCAGGCUGGACGCGGGCAUCACCUGGAUCAACACGUGGGGUGAGUCGCCCGCGGAGAUGCCUGUCGGUGGGUGGAAGAUGAGCGGCAUCGGGCUUGAGAACGGCCACGAGGGCAUCCAGGCGUACAUGCGCACCAAGAGCACGCUGGUGCAGUUGGGCAAGGGCGCCUGCAAGGGGCUGUUUGCGAAGCUGUAG